UCUCAAUCGUCAACACACGGGGGGAGGGGGGGGGUGUCGAAUCGAUCCAAUCAUCCUUUCAUCAUCAUCCAUCAAUUCCAUCAACCACAUAGUCGACGUCGAACCCUAUCAUAACCAUAACAAUCAUAACAGCGACACACCUUCCACGUUAGCCACGUUCUUCCGACGAAUCUGAAAGUCAAAUCCGAACAUGGCCGGCAACCCCCCCUUCGCGAUCCCCCUCCCCGACCCCAACCAUUUGGGAGCAAUCGAUCAUUUUGCUGCGAACUACAUCAACCUGUUCGCCCCUACGAAAGCGGCCCUUACCACCCUCUCGGAUAAGGUGGAUCUUCUCCCGACUCGAGCCCAGUUCGACGACCUCCCGAGCCGAGCCCAGUUCGACGCAUUGUCUCGCAAGGUGGAUGACCUUCCUACCCGAGUUCAGUACGACAACCUCCCGAGCCGAGCCCAGUUCGACGCAUUGUCUCGCAAGGUGGAUGACCUUCCUACCCGAGUUCAGUACGACAACCUCCCGAGCCGAGCCCAGUUCGACGCAUUGUCUCGCAAGGUCGAUGAGGAGCUCCCCACUCGUCUCCAGUUCGAACAGCUUAUGGCCUCGAUGGAGAGACUGAACACAAAGGUCGACGGCCUCGCAACCUCUGAAGAGGUUGGAGCUCUAGUCUAUAACACUAGAGCUCGAAUCAUGAAUUUGGAAAGGACCGACAAGGACACUGCUCUGUUAUCUCUGAGAGAUAAAGACGGUGUUCUUGUAAACAUUCAGAGGAGUACUCUCCGUCGGGCUGGUGGAGUGACUCUCGAUACGUGGUGCCACCGUUUCGGCUUCGACAACCUCGACGUGGGUCUGCUUGUCGACGACAGCGCGUACACAGGACUUCCAGUCAAAACGAUUCGAGAGAUGCAGCGAAAGGCCAUCGGCCGAUUCAUUGGCACCCGGUGCUGAGGUCUCUCCUCGCCUCUUCUCUGGCUCGCUACUCGGUCCUCAACAAUCAAAUCAUCGACCCCCACCAGCCUUCCCUCGCAUAUCGCAUCGUCGCGACACAUACACACUCUAGUAACAUGUCCUAAAUUCUCGGAUCAUCGACCCCCGCCAGCCGCCCCUUACAUUUCGCAUCGUAGCGAUUAAUAUAACGACACAAACCUACACGAAUCGAAUCACAUAUAUACCCCCAGUCGCCGGCCAGUCGCCAGUCGAGUCGGUUCAGACACUAUUCCCAUCUCGUCUCGUUCUCGUGCCACCUCGAACUAUCGCUAUCGCUAUCCGAUCCGUCUCA